CCAACCACCUCUAGAAGAUCAGAUCAACUCAACACCUAAGCUAAGGUCCACACUCCAAUGACUUCAUCUACUAAACAUAACAGUUCCCAAAUACCCAAAUAACCAAGGCAAAUCCCGUGUUCAACAAAGAACACCUCCAUCAGAGAGCCCCGGGAGCCCAAACCAUCAACCUCAACCCACCUCCUACAGUAUCAUAUCGCACCAAAUACAUCAUCCCCCAAUUGACUUUUCUUUUACCUGUCCUGAAGCUCUCAGCUCUCCCAUCUAUCCGCCAGGAUUGCUUGGGUCCAAGUGAACCUCCCUCAGAAUCCAAGAGAGAAUAAUAGUCUAAAAGACACACAAAAUGGCAACUCGUCGCCAAGGAAAAUCCUACGCAGACGCAGUCACUUCUUCCUCUACACCUGCAGACCAACCGCCCACUGAUUCAGAUGUUUCGCCUGCGGUUCCAACCCAUGUCAUUCUGAAACUGAUUGGCUUCACAGUAGCCAUGAUCACCACGCCGGUGGGGAUGUAUUUUGUUUCUGUUUCCUUUGGGGCGAGCACGACUGUUGCGGGUAUUGUUGCCGCGGUUAUGGCUAAUGUGAUUCUGGUUCUGUAUGUCUAUGUGGCAUGGCAGGAGGAUAAAGAGGAGAGGGAAGCAGAGGCAAAGAAGAGGUCGAAGAAGGCGGAAUAAAGGUUCUGAUUACCGUGUAUUAAAAUAUUGUGUUUUUUUUUUUUGUCGCUGGUACUAAUUUUAUGGGAAUUGGAUGGUGUGUAUGAUUCUCGGCGUUUUGAUAUUUCAUAGGGAAUAUUGCUUACAGUGUUGGAUGCUAUUCUGGAAUCUGGGCAAGGUAUCCAGAUUUGAUAGACAUUAGUUUACGUGUCAUUCAGGAUGAUAAAUCCGAUAGUACGUCCAGUCCAUGUUAAAUAACGCCUGGAAAUGCAUUGGUGACUUGACCAGCUGAAGACGGGGGGGGGAAGACAGAAAGAAAGCAAGAAAAAUUAAGGUCUUCUCUUCACAAACUCCUCCAAAUCAGCCUU